AUGAAAACAGAAUCACGUAGAAAGAAUGUAACUUUAAACCCCGUUCUUCCUAGAAGAUUAGCUCUUUUAUUUGAGCCAGCUGUUCAGUCUAGUUUAUUAUUAUACCUUUACGUAUUUUAUUUGGUCGUAAAGUUAUACUUAUCAAGGUUUGAUUUAUAUGUGCUGGCAAAAAAUAGUCUAUUGGUAACGUUAUUUGAAUUAAAUAAUAAAUCAAAGAGUCUGGUGUUAUCAUGUUGUUUAUUUCAAUACUCAACGCUAACAUCAAUGGUGCUGCUCUUCAUCAAUCAUUAUGUAGCAGCUGGUUCCCGAUUGCCAGAUCAUGUAUUAUCAAACACAAAUUUGAAAGGGAAGGUUGCCAUUGUUACAGGUGGAUACAGUGGGAUAGGACUUGAGACAGUAUUCCAGUUACUUAAAUGGAAUUGUAAAGUAGUGAUAUUUGGACGAGACAAAACUAGAGCAACUAACGCAAUUGAGAGAAUGAAGUCAACCAAAUCAUUUGACGAAAAUAAUUUAUACUUUAUUGAAAUGGAUCUUGACAACUUAACAUCGGUCAAAAAUGCAGCCUCUUCAUUUUUAAAUAUGUUUGAUAGACUGGAUUUCCUUAUUAAUAACGCAGGAGUUUAUGUAUCUGGGCUUAAAACUACUUUAUUUAAGCUUGAAUCGCAAUUUUCAGCCAAUUUUCUUGGUCAUUUUUAUUUAACGAAACUAUUACUAGAUCUUAUAAAAAAGUCUGAAGGGAGAGUGAUAAACGUAUCAAGCGUUGCUCACUUCAAGUAUAAUCCAUAUACAGACCAAAUUUUUGCUACUAAUUCCACAACAUCACUCAAUCAUAGUACAUUCAAUUCAUACUAUGGAAGGUCUAAGCUAUUUGCAAUAUGGUUAACACACGCAUUACAGAGAAGGUUAAAGGCUGAAAACAGUAAGGCUUUAACAGUGAGUUUGGCUCCAGGAGUAGUACGAACAAAAUUGGUUUUGCAAGUACAAAGGGCACACCGUUAUUUCGUACCAAAGUAUAUUAACCUUCUAACUCUAAAGAGGCCCGUUGAUGGAGCAGCAACAACACUGCACUUGUGUGCAACAAAUGCUAGGGAUCUUGUACCAGGAGCAUAUUAUUGUGAUAGAAGGCUCGGUUUUGUAUCUAAGUAUGCCGAUGAUUACGAACGUGAAGAAAAACUUUGGAAACUAGGAGAGGAACUUGUUGAGAAACUUGUAUAA